AAUCCUCAGUGCGCAAGCGCGCGACAUCUCCGUUUCCCUCCCCUCAGCCCCUUCGCCCCCCCGGCCUUUCCCCUUCAAGAAGCUGACUGCAGGGCGCGCUCACCCCUGUGAGGAGGCUAGCGGCCGGACUCGAGAGGCGCUCUCUACACUCCCGGAAGAUCAUGUACCAGCCUAGCCGGGGGGUGACCCUGCGUCUCGGCCACUGCCUGCGCGCCUACCAGGCUCGCCCCCAGAUAGCAGUUCCGGCGGGAAGGCCGGCCCGGGGGGACCCGGUUUGGGCCCCUGUGCCCGUGCGGGCAAGAUGGCCACGCCCCCCGGGGAGGCGGUGCCUCGGGGAUAUCGUCGGGACAGAACAGAGGACCAGCUUUCUCCACGGCCUCUACCAUUCCCACCCCAUUGGCUCCACUCCACAACUUCUCCAUCUUCUCCUCUUCUCUGGUCCCUCCCACCUCCAUGCCUUCCUACUCAGCUGCUUUCCCGAGCCCCCCCAUUACCUCUUCCUGAGGUCCAGGCCCUCAACUCACCAUGGGUGGUUCUCCCUCCAGGAAAGGGGAAGGAGGGACCAGGACCUGAGUUGCACAGUGGCUGCCUGGAUGGGCUUAGGAGCCUAUUUGAGGGACCACCCUGCCCCUAUUCUGGGGCUUUGAUGCCUUUCCAAGCCCCUGGUACUGCCUGCCCUUCCCCUGCCACUCCAUCAAGAGAUCCAAGUAUGGAAGAGCACCUGGCUGUCAUGUAUGAGAGACUGAGACAGGAGCUUCCCAAUCUCUUCCUUCACUCCCAUGACUACACACUCUAUUCAUCAGAUGUGGAAUUCAUCAAUGAGAUCCUGAACGUGCAUACCAAGGGUCGGACAUGGUACAUUAUAUCACUGACCUUCUGCCGUUUCCUGGCCUGGAACUAUUUUGCACAACUUCAGUUGGAGGUUCUACAGCUGACCCGCCACCCAGAGAAUUGGACCCUGCAAGCCCGCUGGCGGCUGGUGGGGCUGCCCAUACACAUGCUCUUUCUGCGUUUCUACAAACGUGACAAGGAAGAGCUUUACCGGACCUAUGAUGCCUAUUCUACCUUCUACCUGAAUUCCAAUGGGCUCAUUUGUCGCCAUCGCCUAGGCAAACUGAUGCCUUCACACUCACCGCCAACACCUGUGAAGAAGCUGCUAGUAGGAGCCCUCGUAGCUCUGGGGCUGUCAGAACCAAAACCCAGCUUACACUUGUGUUCUGAGACCUGAUCCAGAACUGGAGUGGAGGCAGCACUGAAGACUUUGCUACACACAACAGGGGGCUGUGGGGGCAACCAAGAAACUCAGGAGCUGGCUUCCUCCCCUCUUCACUCUCUUCCUACCUUCCUUGCCAUCUCAUGCU